ACUGAAAAACCUGGUAACAUAUAAACUAAAAGUACAGAGCUGGACCCACUUAAUUGUUUAAAGACAAAUAGAGCAGAGUAGGAGAGAGAGACGGACACAGAGAGGAGAGAGAGAGAGAGAGGGGUGAGAGAAGAGAGAAUAUAUACAGAAUGAAUUUGGACCUAAACAUUUGGUCACAAAGCCUUCUGAAUCUCUCUGUCUAGUGGGGGUGCAAACUGUGAAAAAAAGAAUCAUAUACACUAUACAUAUACAUAUCUAGUGAGACUGAGAGUGAGUGAGCAGCUGUGUGUAUGUGUUUGUUUUCUUGCCAUUUCAAGAAUCAAAGAAUCUCUACACCAAGAGGAGCUUCAAGUGAAAUGUGGGGGUUUCUUAAUUUUUCUUCUAUUUGGUAAAGGCAAAUAAGAUGGCCUUUGAGGUGUAAUUCAGAUAGGAUUGUUGGACAUGAGUUUGCUGAUUCGGAUAUGCUUGAGCCAAGAGAAACUGAUGUACCUGCCCUCUUUCUGUUCUUUGUAGUGCUUCCUUUGGUUGCUUAUUUCUUACUAGGAAGAUGGAGUGAGGUGUCGAAGAAGAAGGAAAGAUUAAGUUUACUGACACAUUGUGCUGGUGAUGAAGUUUUCACUACCGAACCCUUGAGUGCUGCAACUCUUAUCCCUCUUGUACAAUUACCAAAGAUUAAUGUUCAUGAAUGUGCGAGAUGCUAUGCUCCAGCUACAACUCGCUGCUCCCGUUGCAAGUCUGUUCGCUACUGUUCUGGAAAGUGUCAAAUAAUUCACUGGAGGCAAGUUCACAAGCACGAGUGCCAUCAAAUGGAACAGAACAGCAGCAGUUCCUCUCCUAAGGCUGUCAUGAAUGAAAAGCUUCCUCAGGACAGGAUCUUAUUAGAUGGCAACAAAGAUUCUCAGUGCUUUGGAGAUGAACUCAGGCAGUCUAGGCAGGAGAAUAUACUUGACCAUCAUGGUUAUCACCCUAAUAGCACAAUAUCCUCAGAAGCUGCUACUUGCAUGGGGAAGGGUACCUCUAAACCCUACUCGAUCAAGAGAAGAUCUGUAGACAAGCAGGUUUCUCGUAAAUUUAAGGGAGGUAUAUUACUAAGCGAGGACAGAGCAAUAUCAGAGUCUUCUGAAGAUGCUUGUAGACAUAAAGCUACUUCGAAAGAAGGAAGGCAAGAGAACAUAUUUGAAUCUAAAAACGGUUCUGGAAUUUCAAUACUCGAGGAUAAAACCAAAACUGCAACAAGUUCGAGCAACUUAGGGCCAGAGUUGAUUGUUGAAGGAAGGCCAGCUAACGUGCAAAGUGAUUCCAGUGGUGAUAAGGAAAUACCAUUAGAUUGUUUAUCUGAAACUUCUGGAAGCAGCAAUACCAAAGCUAAUAGUGCACCACACCUACCUGGAUCAAAACAGCAUAGAUCACCAAAAUCAGUUGUGAAGCCAGUGACUGAACACUCAUGUCCAGACACAGGGAGAAAGGGCCAAUUUGCUGAUGAAUCCAAGGUUGGUAGACUGAAAGAUGACAAUCCUGAACAAGGACACAAUGGAAAUUCAAGCAUGGGACUCAGGAAGAUUAUGGGUCUUAUGAGGUCACCAAAAUUUGAUCGUGCAGUAGCAACUAAUGAUAAGCAGAAAAAAAUCAAGAUGCUAUUUCCAUAUGACGAGUUUGUGAAGUUCUUUCACUCUGAUUUUUCCAACCUGUCACCUAGAGGCUUUAUAAAUUGUGGAAACAGUUGCUAUGCAAAUGCUGUGCUGCAAUGUUUAACUUUCACAAAGCCUCUGACUAUCUUUUUGCUUCGUAGAUCACAUUCAAGACACUGCCGUGCUAAAGAUUGGUGUCUUAUGUGUGAACUGGAGAAGCAUGCAACUAUGUUGACAGAAAGUGGAGGUCCUGUGUCGCCUAGCAGACUCCUUACAAACAUGCGAAACAUUAAUUGCCAAAUUGGUGACGGAAGUCAGGAAGAUGCACAUGAGUUCUUAAGGUUUUUGGUUACUUCAAUGCAAUCUAUAGGCCUCGAGGGUUUGGAUGGAGAAAAUGUGGUGGACACUAGAUUGCAGGAAACGACCUUUAUACAUCACACUUUUGGUGGAUGCCUUAGGUCUAAGGUCAAAUGUCUUAGAUGUCAUAAUGAGUCAGAACGGUAUGAAAGCAUUAUGGAUCUAACAUUAGAGAUAUUUGGAUGGGUUGAAUCUUUGGAAGACGCAUUAACUCAGUUCACAAGUGCAGAAGAUUUAGAUGGAGAAAAUAUGUAUAGAUGUGGAAGGUGUGCUGCUUAUGUCCGAGCCCGCAAACAGUUGAGCAUACAGGAGGCUCCAAAUAUCUUGACAAUUGUCUUGAAAAGAUUCCAGGAGGGGAAUUAUGGAAAGAUAAAUAAGCGUAUUACUUUUCCAGACAUGCUGGAUAUGAUCCCUUUCAUGACUGGAACAGAUGAUAUUCCUCCACUUUACAUCCUCUAUGCUGUUGUUGUGCAUUUAGAUACACAGAGUGCAUCUUUUUCUGGGCAUUAUGUUGCCUAUGUGAAGAAUCUACAAGGAAUCUGGUUCAGGAUUGAUGACACUGAGGUCCAGCCAGUGCAUAUGAGCCAAGUCAUGUCAGAAGAAGCUUAUAUUUUAUUUUAUAUGAGGUCAUGCCCUCGCCCGGCAAAAACAUAUACCGGAAAACCUAUUCGACAGCAAGCCCAAGGUCUUUCAAAGCACUGGUCAUCAAAAACUCAAACAUUAUCAGGAAAAGAAGAAACUAGAUUUAGUGGGAAGUCUCUCAAUGCAUAUCAUUCAUCUGAUCAUAAGCCAGCAACAUCUAUGUGCUCUACCAAAGGGAUUGUUAACAGUUUAAAUGGAGAUAAUCUACCAUUUGAUGGAAUUCAUGGAAAGUCGAGAAAGAUAGAGUUCUUAGAUGCCAACUCAAGUGACUGGUCCAUUUUUACCAGCUCAGAUGAUGCAUCCUUCACCACUGAGAGUACUAGAGACUCAUUCAGCACGGUGGAUUAUGCUGAUGGAGGCAAUAUGGAUCCCGUGUCCUCGAUCUUCAACACGGUAUAUAUGUCGGAGUAUUCCUCUCAUAGAACUGUAUCAUGUUGCAGUUAUGACAGCAGUAGAUCCCACAAAAGAUAUGCUUCAGUGGAGAAUGGGUUCGUUUUUGAUUCUUCAAUCUCAAAUCAAUCUCUUGAAAAAAGUUUACAUAUUGGAAACGACUGGAGGCAUGUCAAUGCACCUUCAGUAAGAGCUCCGCCUUAUGUUUAUGUAGGAGAUGAGGACAACUAUGAAGAUGCUACUUUUCAAACUUCUAAUCAUUGUAAAUUUUGAUGCGUAUUACAAGUGAUUAGAUGAGUAAUUAGGUAGUUAAAACUGGGCCUCCAUAACAUUUCAAUAUUUUGUUGAAAAGGAGGCGCAGAAUUACAUAUCGCAGUGAAGCGGAUUUUCUUGUAUUUUGUAGUUGCAUAUUACAUCUACAAUUAGUGUUUUUCGCUUUAUA